AUGCUUUUCUCAAUCAUCCUCUCGGCAGUGUUUGUCACUGCUGCCAUGACCGCACCUGCCAGCCUUGACGGCCGUGGCGAUGAAGACUGCGUCCCUAUCUCUUACACUAUUUCAAACUACAAGCUAGUCACUUCUCCCACCUCUGGAAGCGUCGACUUCACUUUCAAAUCUUUCUUCCCCAUGGCCAACGUUGACGACCCCGUUCAGGCCGGCGCUCAUUGCAGUGGCUCCGGUGCCUCUGUCCCCAACAACAACGAGUGUCAGGUCUCCAACCGUCGUCUUCUCUUCGACCUCCGUGGACCUCAAGACCAGGCCUACUACCAGAUCAGCCAUUCCUGGACCUGCUUUGGCAACCAGUGGAUGUCUGGCAACGCAGUAAAGGUCGACUCACUAGACUGCCACAACGAGGGUGAUGAGCGCGUCUGCACCAGUGGACCCCAAACCUUUGCUCCUCAGAACGUGCGCAAGAUCUGCAAUUUGCCUCAGUGCUAG